AUGAAUUGGGUUUACAUUGCAUCACCCACCACAGAGAAUGCAAUACAGCAGCAGAAAGCGAAGCAACUUUCGUCCUACCUACAAGCAAAGAAAAAGGCCAGAGAACCAAGGGAAGGGAUAAGACGGCAACUAGAGACGAAGGAUCGACGAAUGGCGCGCCUCAGAAUGUGA